AAUUCAUAUUCAUGAGUGGAUGGUGUUGAUUUUGAUAAGAGGAGCAGAGUAGGACAACCGCUUUGCAGAUUUGAUGUGAUUGGAGUCGGGUCCUGACAGUGGUUUUGAAAGUACCCGUGCUGGGUUAUGUUCUUUAGUUGCGGAAUUUUUAGGAGGAGUUAAACAGGGUGUAGUAGGUUUCAUCUCCGCUUGGCAAUUGGUGGAGAUGUCGAGUUAUACAGGGGUUCUCAUUUCUGAUCAGUUGCUUCAAAGCCAGUUCACGCAGGUUGAGCUUCGCAGUUUGCAUUCCAAAUUUACUUCAGUGAAGAAUCAGAAUGGCAUAGUCACUGCUGGAGAUUUGCCAGCUUUAAUGGUGACAUCAAAGGCAUUUAAAGAAACGCAUACUGAGGAGGAGAUUAGGAACAUCUUAAGUGGGUUGGGUUCUAACUUGAGUGCUGAAAUUGACUUUGAAUCCUUCCUUAAGGCAUACUUGAAUUUGCAAGGUCAAACAACAGCAAAAUCUGGUGGUGCAAAAAACUCUUGGUCAUUCUUGAAGGCUUCCACAACUACUCUACUUCACACUAUCAGUGAAUCAGAGAAAGCAUCUUAUGUUGCUCACAUAAACAGUUAUCUCGGGGAUGACCCAUUUCUACAGCAGUUUCUCCCAUUGGACCCAGCUACAAAUGAUCUAUUCAAUCUUGCAAAAGAUGGAGUUCUCUUAUGUAAGCUUAUAAAUGUUGCUGUGCCUGGGACAAUAGAUGAAAGAGCAAUUAACACCAAACGAGUCCUCAACCCCUGGGAGAGGAAUGAAAACCAUACUCUUUGCCUCAACUCUGCCAAGGCUAUUGGCUGCACGGUGGUUAAUAUUGGCACACAAGACCUCGUUGAAGGAAGACCUCAUCUGGUAUUGGGAUUGAUUUCACAAAUAAUAAAGAUCCAACUGUUGGCAGAUCUGAACCUUAAGAAGACUCCUCAGCUUGUGGAAUUGGUAGAUGAUAGCAAGGAUGUUGAAGAGCUUUUGAGUUUACCACCUGAGAAGGUCUUGUUGAAAUGGAUGAAUUUCCAUCUCCAGAAAGCAGGCUACAAGAAGGCAGUUGCGAACUUCUCUUCUGAUCUGAAGGAUGGAGAGGCUUAUGCGUACCUACUUAAUGUCCUUGCUCCAGAACACUGCAAUCCAGCCACAUUGGAUGCCAAACCUGACGAAAGAGCAAAGUUGGUUCUUGAUCAUGCUGAGAGAAUGAACUGCAAAAGAUAUUUAUCCCCAAAAGACAUUCUUGAGGGUUCUUCAAACUUAAAUCUGGCAUUUGUGGCACAGAUCUUCCACGAAAGGAAUGGCCUCACUACAGAUAGCAAAAAGAUAUCUUUUGCAGAGAUGAUGACAGAUGAUGUUCAAACAUCACGAGAAGAGAGAUGCUUCAGGCUGUGGAUCAACAGUCUAGGCAUUGCGACUUAUGUUAAUAAUGUAUUUGAGGAUGUGAGAAAUGGAUGGAUUCUCUUAGAGGUGCUUGAUAAGGUUUCUCCAGGAUCAGUUAACUGGAAGCAAGCAUCAAGGCCACCAAUCAAGAUGCCAUUUAGGAAAGUAGAGAAUUGCAAUCAGGUUGUAAGGAUUGGGAAGCAGCUCAAAUUGUCUCUGGUGAAUGUAGCUGGAAAUGAUAUUGUGCAGGGAAAUAAGAAGCUCAUACUCGCUUUUCUAUGGCAGUUGAUGAGGUUUAAUAUGCUUCAACUCUUGAAGAAUCUAAGAUCUCACUCUCGAGGAAAGGAGAUGACAGAUACAGAUAUUUUAAAGUGGGCUAACAACAAAGUUAAUAGCACCGGCCGAACUUCUCAAAUGGAGAGUUUUAAGGAUAAGAGCCUGUCGAAUGGGAUUUUCUUCCUUGAGCUUCUCAGUGCUGUGGAGCCUAGGGUUGUCAAUUGGAACCUUGUUACCAAGGGUGAUAGUGCUGAUGAAAAGAAGUUAAAUGCUACAUACAUAGUCAGUGUUGCGCGAAAGCUUGGUUGUUCCAUUUUCUUGUUGCCUGAGGACAUCAUGGAGGUGAAUCAGAAGAUGCUUCUGACCCUAACAGCCAGCAUUAUGUUUUGGAGCCUGCAACAACCAGUUGAUGGCUCGGAAGCAUCUCCAUCACCUGCGGAUGUAUCACCUGCAACAUCAAUCAGCAGCGAAGAUGAAGGCUCUACUUCCCUUGGUGGUGAAAUUUCAAACUUGAGUAUUGAUGACACUGCUUCUGAAGUCUCCUCACAGCUGGACAAUGAGGUCAAUUCUUUUGGAGAUGGGAGCAGGGUGGAAGAGACUGGUUGCUUAGCUGUUAAGUAGGUUCAAGUAAAGUCUAUAAUUACAGCUCCAUAUAAAUAUGGUUGCAAACAUAUGUAGGAUCAUAGAAUGAAAUGAGAAGAGAGGAACAUUGUAGAGAGACGGUUCUUUUUUACCAUACCCGUGUCAAUGAAAGGUGACUUGAUGACUUGAAAUGCAUGUAAGCAACUAGCUAGGGAAAGAAGGGUACAUUGCAGUGCGAGAGCUGAAAUGUAAAGUACAUGAAAAUAGAAUUGCUCUGAAGAGCUUAAAUUAGGAAAGGU